GCGGUGCGUGCGGGCACGCUGUGUGAGUGGCACGAGUCAUCGAGGGAGCGUGCUGGGUGCUGCCUGGCCGGCUUCGCGCACUGCUCGGUGAGACGCCACGCGAUGGCCCCGAGGAUGGCGGUGGAGCAGCAGAAGAAGAAGGAGUUCCUCUUCAAGGUCCUCGUCAUCGGGGAGCUCGGCGUGGGCAAGACGAGCAUCAUCAAGCGCUAUGUGCACCACGUCUUCUCGCACGGCUACCGCGCCACCAUCGGCGUCGACUUCGCGCUCAAGGUGCUGGGCUGGGACGCCGACACCACGGUACGCCUGCAGCUCUGGGACAUCGCAGGGCAGGAGCGCUUCGGGAACAUGACGCGCGUCUACUACAAGGAGGCGGUGGGCGCCAUGGUGGUGUUCGACGUGACCCGGGCAGCCACCUUCGAGGCCGUGUCCAAGUGGAAGCACGACCUCGACUCCAAGGUGACCCUGCCGAACGGCAAGCCGAUCCCCACUGUGCUGCUGGCCAACAAGUGCGACGGAGACGGAGCGGACGCCAGGGGCGAGUGGAGCGACACCGCUCAGCUCGACCGCUACUGCCGCGACGAAGGCUUCGUAGGGUGGUUUGAGACGUCCGCCAAGGAGAACAUCAACGUGGAGGCGGCCGCGCAGCUGCUGGUCCAGCACAUCCUGGCAAACGACGUGUCCUCGGCGCAGGGCUGCCGGCGCUGCGAGGUCACGGACAGCAUUAGGCUGACCACGAGGAACGGGGGCGCCCGCCACAGGAAGUGCUGCCAAAAAUGACGCCGCCGCCGGCGUUCUUCCCCUGCCGCGAUCACGGUGCCACUGCCGGUGCUCUCUUGCCGGGCCGGCGUCCAGAGACGGAUGGAUUCCCUGCUGGGAGCUCUCACAGCGGGCGCUGUAACAUCACCCACCACCGCCUGUCAGAGCCCCCCCCCCACACCCCCUCCCCCGGAGAAGAUGAGAUCACAGAACUGUGCUUUUGUUUUUAUUGUUGUUUGGCCGUUGUUAUCAUGCUGCGAGGCAUUGAAUCCACUUGGGUCUCUGGCAGGGCAGUUGCGACCCUUUUGUAUUGGGGAACGGCCCGCAGAAGCGGAUAUCAAGGAGCUACCUCUGAGACCCCUAUUAAAGUGACCUCUGGUCAACGCAGUAGGGGGCAGCAUUUUCCUACCGAGGGUAAUGUUCGUUGCAUGACAGUCAAAAUUAUAUCUUAAUUCUCAAGAGCUGCAAUUUAGGCAAAUCAAGCACAGAACCCAAAUCUAACGCGAUGGUUCACUCUGCAGUUGUUGAUGUAUGGACUGAGCCCAUCAACCGCAGGACUUAGGAACCCUCAUGAAGUCACAGGCAGUUGCUGACAAGGUGGAUUCGAACCCAGGAUCUUAGUGGUGCCAACUGUGCUCUGACCUGAGCCACCCCAGUCCCCCUCUAUAGAUGUUUUAUGAAAUCACUUUCUUUGCCGGUUAUCCACGCUAGGUGGCACAUACUUUAUACUCCCUACAAACAGUGUCCGUCGCGUGACAAAGCAAAAUGCUUCGUCCUCACAGCUGGAAGAAGCAAAGCAGCAAAACCAAUUUAACGUUACAAAACGCCUCCUUAUCUGUCCCUUCACGUACAUUUUUUUGUUAAAAGUAUUAUUUGUACACAUUCCAUCAGCCUUCCGGGAGUGCAUAACUUUGCCAGCAUUGCUUCAAGCAACCCUGAUUCUGCCAAUGAGACACUGAGUGUCAGAACCAGUCCACAGUUUGAUUGUGUUUUAACCAGGGGGUGUCAAACCUAAUCAGACAGCGGUGCCGGUUUGGAUUCAAAUGCAACCGCAUAAUAAUAUGGUAUUCAUUUACCGAUUCAAAAAUCCGAACGCACGGGAAAAGAGAGUUGAUUUAUUUUUAUGCGGCAGGGUGCGCGCCAAAUUCCCCGUUUGAAUGUCCGGUUUAAAUUCAGGUUGGAUUUAGGUAGAAGCUUAAAAAAUAUAUGUAGAGAAAUAAGUUGUGAAAUUUAAACACGUGGCGGGCUGGAGUCAGGGGCAUGGGGGGCUUGGGGGGGGCGUGUGUUUGACAGUCCCGUGUUAAACUAAUGCUGCCGAAAUUCUACCCUCCUAGUGGCCGGUUGGAUGUGUACAAAAAAAUACACGUUUUGUUUUCUGUGGAGGGACAGGCAUGCACAACAGGCGUCUUAUCUGCUUAUUUAAGUUUCUUCUUAUAUUCUCAACGGCGCUCAUGAUUAUUUGUGUUAAUUUAACGUGUAAAUGUACUCUUGUGUACGGUCGUUGCGAGUGGGCUGACACCAUGAAUUCGUGACGCUCAAUAACUUGGCGUCAUCACUGCUGGCUGGAGCCUGAUCUUCAACCCAGGCUCUCGGUCGGUGGUGCUGGCUCCGUGUUAUCAGCCUCCCGCAAUGACCAGCCAACAACCCGUUGUCGUGUUUCCUUCCUUGGCUGAUAGCACUGCCGCGCAAUCCAUGUCACGCCUCGUUGGUGGACUGGUAGAAACCACUCCCAACUCACCGUCUAUGUUGAUGAAUCACAGAAAUUGGUUAAAUGAGAGCAAACUGAGUGUAAGGACUCGCAGUGGGCUAAAGGAUGUGAUCCAAGCGUGACGGAUCUCGCUGGAAUGGUAUGCGCCUAUGUAUGUUGAACUUUUUUUCGCACCAUACGUAGCUAACCGUGCUAAUCGGAGGUGCGGGGAAAGGACAACAAACUAAACACAAAAAGCAGUCCUAAAUAAAUAAGUUUGCAAUGUAGAUCAUUUAAAAGUGCAAAGUACCAAUGGCUUCAUAAUAUCGGAAGGAAGAGCGUUCCAGACGG